AUGGGCAUAUGCCAAAUCGGUCAGCCCGGCGCCAACCUCGAGGAUUCUUGCGGAGCCGGUCGGAGAGCAGUAACGAAACUACGCCCAAAAGCAGAAUCUUCGGCACCCACAAGUGUAGUUGACAGAGUUGGCGGUCCGUCAUCCGAUGCUGUAGGCAAUUCUCAACAUCAACCUGAUGUUGAUUCCCCUUGUCUCAUAGUCAACAAUCCGCCGAGGAUUUUGGUCUCAUACAAGCCGACUCGUGAUCCAUUUAACCCUAAAAUUUGUCUGCGGGCAGCCGGGCCGUCGGGAAGUCCUUUGGCCCUUCGCUUAAGGCGAUCGAGUGUAUGGAUGGUGGGAAUUCUGGCGCAUACAAUGGCCCUUCUGCACAGCACUGGGCCUGUGGCAAUCGGCCGAGCAGUGACUCCGCAGAGAUGGUGGGGAUAA